CUUAUCGAACGAAUAGAUAUCGAUUGAUUCCGACUUGGUCAGUACCCCCCUCGGUACCCCUGUUAUAUAAAGGUCACUCAAUUUGUUUUUCCGCAUAUUGAUAAGCAACCGUGCUGCUAGAAGGAGCGACAUAUACGACUUUGACGUUUAGCUCCAUACUCAUGAACUUACCAAUGAAACUCUACUUGAAUUUUAACUAUGGACUUCUGGUUGUACUUGGCAGUCAACUAUUGUGUUUGGACGGACUGAAACGAAUUCCUCGCCAUGAAUUGCAUAAAGCCAUGGCUACCGACAGAGAAGAGAUGAUUCGACUUUUUGGUGAGGAUUCUGCAGAAACAGUGCCAGAUUACAAAAUUGCAGUGGUUCGGCCACACCGAACCAGAAGGGGGAUCGAGGAUGGCAGUAAACAGUACAGACUCUCUGCCUUUGGUGAGGAUUUACAUUUGGUGCUGGAACCAAAUGAUGCGGUGGUUUCAAGAUCUCUGAUCGUAAUGAAGAAGUUGCCUGGUAAUAAAUGGACUCAAGAAUUGUAUACUCCAGAGGGAAGAUUCCUUCAAGGUCACGUCGUUUCGCACCCAAACUCACACGUUGCUGUUCGUGAGCUGAAGAACGAUAAAGAAAUGACUGGCGGCAUCUUUACCGAUGGUUUUUUGUACAGAGUUCACCCAGUUUCGAAGAAAGCAAAGAAAAUUUUAUCCUUAAAAGGUCAAGGUCAUCAUGUGAUAACAAGGCGGAGUAUGAAAGACCCCAAAACUGGCUUUUUAAAUAAUCCCGCUUUUUUCCCUAAGCCAGUGCGAGUUUUUGACCAGGAAGAAGACACAGUUGUUUAUGGGAGACAGCGAACUCGAAAGCGCAGAGAUUUGAGCACAAAAUAYAUUGAGGGUAUGAUGACACUGGACAAAGUAAGCUGUGAUUACUAUGGACAGGAGAGCAUGAGUGUCGUUCUUGCAAUAGCAAACAUGGCGAAUCGACUCUAUCAAGAUAAGUCAAUGGAACCGGACGUGAGAUUUGUUUUGACUAAAGUAAUAUUGGUCAAAGCCUUCGAAGCUGGGCUGGACGUGCAGCAAAAUAAUAUCGACUCCGCCGUCAAGUAUAUGGGCUUGUUUGCUAAAUGGAGCAAGGACAAGAACUCUGCGCCUGGCGAGGCAGGACACUUUGAUAAUGGAGUACUGCUAUCAAGAGAUAUUUGUGGACUGAAAGAUUGCGUCCUUGGAGGAGUGGCCUAUAGCGGGGUUCCAUGUAGCUCAACUUUGGCUUAUACUGUGAAUAUGGCCAGGGGCAUUGACGCCGCUUUCUAUGUCGCUCAUGAAAUGGGCCAUAACUUCGGCCUUCCACACGACAAUGGGGCAUGUAACAAUGGACACAUAAUGUCUGCUGGUCAAGGAAGCGGGCCAAAUUCAUUCCAAUGGUCGAAAUGUAGCAGUGAUAGAUUAAAAUCUAUUUUGGGUCGUGUAACGUGCUUCGAUAACAAACCGCCCACAAGUAUAAGUGUACCUAAACUACCUCCUGGCUAUACGUUGAAUGGUGACAAGCAAUGCAAAAUGCUGCUUGGAUCGAGUUACAGAUUAUGUCCCCUGACGCUGGAUAAUUGCGCUCUUCUGUUCUGCAUGAAAAGCGGUGGCUGCAGUAGUUUGGGUACCGCACCAGUCGAUGGCACACCUUGUGGAGUUAGAAAGUGGUGCAUUCGUGGUGAAUGUACAGAUGUCGGUUCCAGUGUCCCCCCUGCUGUCGACGGUGGAUGGGGUGAGUGGGGUCCUUACGGCGAAUGCACUAGGACUUGUGGAAAAGGCAUUCGUUAUAAAACUCGUGUAUGUGACAAUCCAAGUCCUCAACACGACGGAAAGCCCUGCCCUGGAUUGUCUAUUGGGGAAUUUCAGAUUUGUGAGAAACAACCUUGCGCUUCAAAUACGAAUUACCGCAUGGAACAGUGUAAGAAGAAAAAAUCUGAUUAUACCGGUUAUACUAUACGAGGGAACCCAUGUUACCUAUGGUGUAUGGAAGGCAACGUAGGUCGUGGAGAAGGGACAGUAGCAGAUGGAACAAGAUAUAGCGAUGAGCCUUUGAAUCACGAUAUUUGUAUCCAAGGAAAACUAGUUUCUGCAGGCUGCGAUGAUGUGAUUGAUUCAGGAAGCACAUAUGACAGGUGUAUGAAAUGUCAAGGUGAUGGCUCUGCUUGUGUUCCAGUCAAAGGAGUUUACGAUAAGGAUCAUCAAGCUACUGGCGUGUCUAACGCUGACAAAAUGUUUGAUAUACCAAUUGAUUCAACUUACUUUCAAAUCAAGGAAAAAUCACCUACACGAAAUGUUUUGAAUAUUAAAUUGAAAAACACCGACUCUUUUAUAUUUCCUAACCGUCCUCUCACGUCGUCUAGAGAAGCGGCUGGGACCACGAUCGAGUACAUUAUAAAUAACAACAACCUGAACGACGCAGAAACCAUGAAAUUUACGGGCCCAAACAAACAAGUUCUCGUACCCAUGUUUGUUAAUGUGAUGGGCGAUACGAAUGUGGGUUAUGAUUACUUUUACUACAAGCCUGGCCAAGGUUCAAAGACAACUUUCGUUUGGCGGUAUAAAGCUACCGGAUCGUGCAGCGCUACUUGUGCUGGAGGUAGUAAUCUGAAGUUUCCUUUUUUUUAACUGUGCCACCUGGGCAUACGAAUUCCAGAAGCCU